AAGCAGAACCCACGCAUUUCUCUGCUCCUCUGUGAGUCAUUUGGAAAUGUGUUCAUGUGUCCAGUGAUCGCAGUUCGGCUUUCGUUACAGGAGAAAUGCCGCCACAAAUGGAUUACCACUGCGAAGAAGCGAGGGUUCCGUCUGUUUGUGGGGACAGCUUGGGGCCAGCGCUCAGCUGCAUGCUGGUUGGGGACGGUGCUGUGGGGAAAACCAGCAUGAUUGUGAGUUACACCACCAAUGGUUAUCCCACGGAGUAUCAACAAACGGCAUUUGACGUCUUCUCUGCACUGGUUCAGGUGGAUGGAAUACCUGUAAGGAUCCAGCUUAUGGACACUGCAGGGCAGGCUGUCCACCUCUGCACCUGGAACCAAUGCUUUCUUUUUUUGAUUUGUGCUCAGGAGGAGUUUGAUGGCUUCCGCUCUCUCUCCUAUGCCCACUCGGAUGUAUUCAUCCUCUGCUUUAGCGUUGUUAACCCCACGUCCUUCCAGAAUGUCACCAAGAAGUGGGUCCCCGAAAUCCGCGCCUGCAACCCGUCUGCCCCCAUCGUCCUGGUGGGGACACAGUCGGACCUCCGGCUCGAUGUCAAUGUCCUCAUUGACCUGGACCGCCACAGAGUGAGGCCAGUCCUGGGCCCACGGGCACAGAGCCUGGCAGAGAAGAUCUGCGCAGCCGACUAUGUGGAGUGCUCGGCCCUGACACAGAAGAACCUGAAGGAGGCCUUUGACAUCGCCAUCUUUGCUGCCAUCAAGCACAAGGCGCGGAAGGCCAAGAAGAUGAGGCUGUCAGGCCGCGCGAAGACCUUCUCCAAGUAUGGCUGGAAGAAGUUCUUCUGUUUUGUCUGAGGCCAUGGGCCCUAACAUUAAUCACCACAAAGUGUUAAUUUAUUAAGACUUAGACACUGAAGUCAUUGUGUGGCAAGCUAUAUCCCUGUCCCCAUUUCCUGGGCAAAGGCAAGCAUAUUGGCAUGAUUAUGGCGUUGUAAAAUCUGGAUUGCUUGCUUGGCAGAAAGUGCUGAAGGGGACCAUGUCACAAUCCCUUAUUGAUGUGCAUGUACACACAGUGGGCAGGCAUGAAUUCGCUGUGCCACGAUCAAUAAGAAGUUAGAUAAGUCAAGUCAUGACAUCAUGCGAAGUGCAAGUUGUAGAUGGGCACUCCAAUGAAAAGCAGGGUAGAUUUAGGAUGGCCUGUAAAGAGCAUGCCCAGAUUCAGAGUCUCAAUCAUAUGGGUCGCUCCAUCCUUCACUCAGUCAUCCUUAAAUGACUGCUAUCCACCAAAUGAGAACUCAUUUUAGAGCACCACCUCUGAACUUGCAUGGCCUGGAUUGCUGCCCAUUGCAGAGGUGUGAGAGUAGCAACUAUCAGUACAACAGGAACUGGUCUUUUCAUAUUCAGCUCACUGCUGUUUAGCCAGACAGCCUUUCAUAUGCAAGAUCAAUACUAGCAUUGAGCUUGGUGCAGAUGUCUUUGCCUGUGUGAAUACCUGUCCUGCAAGCUCUCAAAGGCUCUGUUUGAUGGUGGUCCCCAAACAUUGUAUUCAUGCUGAGUCUUUGUACUAUACCAGCUACUAGGGCACAUAUUUGCAAUGUGGGUUUCUUCUGUCCAAGGUGAAGUGCGCUUGGGACUAUGGUUUGUUUUCGGCAUGUUGUCACCACACUGUAGUGUAUGUAAGCUUUGCAUAGAAUAGAGACCAGGAGGCAAGAGAGGUCGCCAUCCUCGUGCUCACAAAACGUGAAUGAAAUGCUGUUUUCUGCACAUUGCACCAAAUGAACACAGUGUGUACACAUGCAUACACGAAACUUUUUUUUUGAGCCAUCCUUGUUCUUCAUGUUGCAAUCUCCUUUAGGCUGAAGAGAACCUUUGCUUCUGUAGGUAAUUAGUUAGGUGUGACAGGGAGCCACACAAUCUGUUUGAAUGUAAAUGUUGUGUUUUGCUUCCUGUGGAAGCUUGUAGCUUGUAUUUUGAUAAGCAGUACUGUUUGUUUUUAACAGUUUGCCGCAGCCUUCGUCUCUUAAGAAGGUAAAGGACGGCGUGGCAGACACCACCCUUUUUUGCUACAAUGGAUUAAACACGCAGAGACACUUCUGUACAGAUCUGUGUAAAAUGGUUUUUGAUUCUUUUUUUACCCUAGCCACUAUCACCAUUUUGCCACUCUGUAAAACAAUGCAUCGAAAAAAGAAUUGUGACAUCACUAAUGAUUCACUGAUCCUUUUUUUACAGUGCUUCCCCAGUUAUUUGUAAUACUUGAGCAAAUCAUUGGUCUUCAUUUAAUUAUGAAGCCCCUGUCAUGUCUUACUAAAUAUAAAAUGUA